ACUGAAAAUUAUCAUUUUUAUUAUUAAGUUUCGCCCACCCCAUUUUUCCUGAUCGGCGAUAGACGGAAUCCCAAAUUUCUCGCCGCCGAUUUUAAUCCCUCUAAAUUCCCGGUUGAGAACCCUAAUUUGUUUCCGCCAGUUAGUUCAGUGUACUCCCCUCCCAGAAAUAGUUUGUUUUUUUUUUUAUUUGUUUCUUAGUUUUAACUGCACUAGGAUUCACAAAUUAGCUCAAAAUUUUGAUUUGCUCAAGCUUUAAAGGACACGUGGCGAUCUGGGUCUUGCUUAACAUCCAUUGCUGCUCAAAUCUCAGUGAGAAAACAUGAGAUGGUUCAAUAUGACAAUUCAGCUUCUUUUAUGGUUAAGCAUGUUGGGGUCCUUAUAACUUUUGUUUGGAGAGUUUGGUUUUAAAAAUCGUUUGAACGUUUUGAAUGGAAGCAAACAAAGAGGAAGCUCUUAAAUCAAAAGAGAUCGCUGAGAAGCGAUUUUGUGAAAGAGACUUUGCAGGUGCUAAGAAUUAUGCAUUAAAGGCUAAAUCUUUGUAUCCUGGAUUAGAGGGUAUAUCGCAGAUGGUGUCCACAUUUGAAGUUUAUGUUGCUUCUGAGGCUAAAUGUAAUGGUGAAAUCGAUUACUAUUCAAUUCUUGGGUUGAAGCCUUCUGCAGAUAAAGAGGCAGUGAAGAAGCAGUACAGAAAGAUGGCUGUGCUACUCCAUCCUGAUAAGAAUAAAUGUGUGGGAGCUGAUGGGGCAUUUAAACUUGUAUCUGAAGCGUGGACUUCGUUGUCAGAUAGAAUCAAGAAAAGUUCCUAUGAUACCAAGAGAAACAAACAGGUGCCUUCUGGAGUGGUUCAAACUUCAACAUAUGCUGCUGGGGUUUCAGGUGUCAGCAACUGUUCAAAUCCAACCUCACAGGGUAGACUUGAUACUUUUUGGACUGUAUGCACAUCUUGUAAGGUCCAGUAUGAAUAUCUUCGGAAGUAUGUCAAUAAGAGACUUUCAUGUAAGAACUGCCGAGGUACUUUUAUUGCUGUUGAAACUGGGUCAGCCCCUGUGAACGGUUCUUUCCCCUACUGUCCUUGGUCUUAUGUGCCAAGUAAUGGAUAUGGAAGUCAUGGAUAUGAUGGGGUCACAUAUGUCCCAACUAAUGCUACAUUUUUUCCUGGAAAUGGGGUCUCAGGUUAUCAUCCUGGGCAUGGGUAUGAGUAUGUUUCUAACAUGUCAUUUCAGUGGAGCUCCUUCUCUGGAACUUCUACUGGGAUUGCGAGCCAUAAUGGAGUAUCAGCCAUUUCAACCGAUGCUGCUUAUCAGACCAAUGGAGAUGCUAGAGGAGCAGGGUCGAAGGUGAAAUUGAGUGCCAAUGCAAAACGUUCCAUGAAAAACAUUGCCACUCAGACAACUCCAAAUGUUUCCAAUGGCUAUAAUGAAUCUGCAGGAUCUAAGACUGGCAGACUUGAGAAGAAAAGGAAGGUUGUUGUUGGUUCCAACUUCAGAAAUGGAUAUGAAGACAAGGAAUCAAAACCUUCAGAAGCAGGAUUAGCAAAUGAAAAUGGUGUUGAGCAUGAUCCAAAGCUUUCCAACUCUUGUGAACCUCCAAAUAGGCGAUGCUCAAUUGCCCCCACGUUUGAUGCUAGAAAGUUGUUGAUUGACAAGGCAAGGACACAAAUUCGGAAGAAAUUAGAAGAGCUUAGGUUGGCUUCAGAGGCAGCAGCCGCCACAGUUUCUGCAGUUAUACUAGGCACUGAUGAUGGUCAACCACAGGUGGCUGGAAAGGCUCUCAAAAGGACAAAUAUGGCUGUUUCUGUUCAUCAAUCAGCACCAAAUAAAAGUGCACCGAUCUCAAUUACAGUUCCAGACCCCGACUUCCAUGAUUUUGACAAAGAUAGAUCUGAGGAAUGCUUCAAACCAAAGCAAAUAUGGGCCCUGUAUGACGAAGACGAUGGUAUGCCUCGUUUGUACUGUUUGAUUCGCCAGGUUGUCUCAGUAAAACCAUUUAAGAUUCUCAUCACUUACUUGAACUCCAAAACUGAUAAUGAAUUUGGGUCAGUAAGUUGGGUGGAUUCUGGGUUUACUAAAUCUUGUGGACACUUCAGGGCCUGGAAUUCUGACUUUAUUGAUCAAGUCAACAUUUUCUCUCAUCUUCUGAGGGCACAAAAGGCUGGAAGGGGAGGCUGCGUUCGGAUAUUCCCCAAAAGUGGAGAUAUUUGGGCUGUUUAUCGAAACUGGUCACCAGAUUGGAACAGGUCAACUCCUGAUGAUGUGAGGCACCAAUAUGAGAUGGUUGAGGUGCUUGAUGAUUACUCUGAAGAGCUUGGAGUUUGUGUUGCUCCCCUUAUCAAAUUGGCUGGGUUCAAGACAGUAUAUCAGAGAAGUACAAAUAAGGAUGCCAUUCGAUGGAUUCCGAGGAGAGAGAUGUUUCGCUUUUCACACCAGGUUCCAUCUUGGUUACUUGAAGGAGAAACCAGUAAUUUGCCAGAUCAUUGUUGGGAUCUAGACCCGGCUGCAACUCCAGAUGAACUUCUCCAUGCUGCAGCAGAAGCAAAGGCUUAACAUAACCUUGUCAUGCAGGAAAGCAUAAUUAGUUUGGAAUUUGAUUUACCAUUCUUACAGAAAAUUUAGAUUGACUGUACAAACAUUUCACACUUGGUUAGCGGCCAAUGCAACAUUAACUCCUGAUGAUUUUAGAGGAUGUAAUAUUGCUGAGGAACAGAACCUACGCAUCUACAAUUCUGAAUCUAUUGACUGUUUGGUUACACAAAUGCUUUUCUGGUCCAUCCGGGCUGUAACAUGUAUUGAUAGUCGCAACACUUUUGGAACUGAGAACUUAUGCAGUACGUUUAAUUCAGAGCAAUUCCUUGGGGCCUAAUGAAACCUUAUUUUGCUAGGUAUCUGGCUGGUGCGGGUGUUUACAUUCUUUUUUCAGGAAUCAGAAGGAAUGCAUAAGAUUGCUGAAUCAAGGUGUGGAAGUUGGAUCUAAUUAGAAUUAAGUUUAAUUUUUAUGGUACCAAAGGUUACUCUCCGGGGGCCUCAAGUCUUCCUCCAGAGAUCCUUGUUGUGAAUUGAUAAUUAGCUGUUAGACUAAUUAUCCAUUUUGAGCUUAUAUUUACUGAAUUUAUUGUUUAAUGCAUCUUGAUUUAACAAAUGUAAGCACAUGGACGAUAUAUGAAAUGAACAAAUAAGAAUGUUGAAAA